UUCCGGCCAUUCCUCUCGUCCGAUGAGGGUUUAGGCGUUCAUACGUCUCCUCUUCUCGCCUCCGUCGCCCCACACGGUUCACGUCACUUCCGGGAGGGAGGUGUCUCCGCCCCCCGCUCAUUCCGUACUUCCGCCCGCUCUUCCAGUUAGUCCUCUAACCCGAGUGAAGCCACUUCCGGCUUUCCCUGGCGACUUCCGCAGUUCUCUUCCGGGCGAUGUCGGCGGGUGCCCCGGAUGUAGCCCUGGUGAAGGCAUCUAUCCUUUUCUUCCCCCGCCUACCCUGGAUCCUUAGCUUGGGGACCGCCCCUCUGUCCAGUCAUGCCAAAGAGGAAAGUGACCUUCCAAGGCGUCGGAGAUGAGGAUGAUGAAGAUGAAAUCGGUGUCCCUAAGAAGAAGCUGGUGGACCCUGUGGCUGGGGCAGGGGGUCCUGGGAGCCGCUUCAAAGGCAAACACUCUUUGGACAGUGAUGAGGAGGAUGAUGAUGAUGAGGGAUCCAGCAAAUAUGACAUCCUGGCCUCAGAGGAUGUGGAAGGUCAAGAAGCAGCCACACUACCCAGUGAGGGAGGUGUGCGGAUUACACCCUUCAACCUGCAGGAGGAGAUGGAGGAAGGCCACUUUGAUGCUGAUGGCAACUACUUCCUGAACCGGGAUGCUCAGAUCCGAGAUAGCUGGCUGGACAACAUUGACUGGGUGAAGAUCAGGGAGCGGCCACCUGAUCAGCGCCCACUGUCAGACUCGGAGGAAGAGGACAGCCUGGGCCAGACACCAAUGAGUGCCCAAGCCCUCCUAGAGGGCCUUUUGGAGCUGCUGUUGCCAAGGGAGACAGUGGCUGGGGCACUGAGGCGUCUAGGGGCCCGAGGAGGAAGCAAAGGGGGCAGCAAGGGGCCUGGGCGGCCCAGUUCCCCCCAGCGCCUGGACCGGCUCUCUGGGUUGGCUGACCAGAUGGUGGCCCGGGGCAACCUUGGCGUAUAUCAGGAAACAAGGGAACGGUUGGCCAUGCGGCUGAAGGGAUUGGGGUGCCAGACCCAGGGACCUCCUGACCCCACACCCCCACCCUCUCUGGACAUGUUUGCUGAGGAAGUGGCAGAGGAAGAGCUGGAGACCCCAACUGCUGCCCAGAGAGGAGAAGCAGAGUCGCCUGGCGACGGUCUGGUGGAUGUGAUGUGGGAGUAUAAGUGGGAGAACACAGGGGAUGCUGAGCUGUACGGGCCCUUCACCAGCACCCAGAUGCAGACCUGGGUGAAUGAAGGCUACUUCCCGGAUGGUGUUUAUUGCCGGAAGCUGGACCCCCCAGGUGGACAGUUCUACAACUCCAAACGUAUUGACUUUGAUCUCUACACUUGAGCCUGCUGAGGGCCCAGUUUGGUGGCCCCUUCUUUCCUGGACUCUGAGGAGGAUGCCCCAGCUGCCCCAGGCAGUGAGGAUAUUGGGGGCCACUUUUCAGUUAAUUUUCCUUUCCUAAUAAAAGUCUUUAGUUGUGUA